AUGCACCCGUCCAUAGCUGGCCCCACCCCGCCUAAUGCACACCCGUCCAUAGCUGGCCCCACCCCGCCUAAUGCACACCCGUCCAUAGCUGGCUCCACCCCGCCUAAUGCACACCCGUCCAUAGCUGGCCCCACCCCGCCUAAUGCACACCCGUCCAUAGCUGGCCCCACCCCGCCUAAUGCACACCCGUCAAUAGCUGGCCCCACCCCGCCUAAUGCACACCCGUCCAUAGCUGGCCCCACCCCGCCUAAUGCACACCCGUCCAUAGCUGGCCCCACCCCGCGUAAUGCACACCCGUCCAUAGCUGGCCCCACCUCGCCUAAUGCACACCCGUCCAUAGCUGGUUCCACCCCGUCUUAUGCACACCCGUUCAUAACUGGCCCCACCCCGACUAAUGCACACCCGUUCAUAACUGGCCCCUCCUGCCUAAAGUACACCUGUUUAUAUCUGACCCCUCCCACUCUUGAUUUGAGCGACACUGGCUCGCAUUUUAUGACCCAACUGGCCAACCUGCUGUGCCACCUGAUAUGGCGUGGUAUGACUCUGACAGCCUUGUAA